AUGCAUUCUAUUUACUAUAUUGCAGACAUAAACGAGUGUGAGACAAGAAGGCAUCACUGCAGCUCCAAUGCUUUCUGUAACAACACUAAAGGCUCUUACAUUUGUACAUGCAAACCAGGAUAUACCGGAAACGGCGUUAACUGCACAGGUAAAAUAAGGGAGCGAAAAUCCUGAUACCAAUAACCAAAAUUUUGGUAAUCACGUGACCGUACACCCGUCCGUCCACACCACGGGAUGUAAAUUGAUUCCUGAGGAUGAAAUCAAUUAUAUUUAAUUGUAAAAAUGUCAUUUCACUGAGGACGUUUUUACAAUUAAAGUCGAUUGUUACAUUUAAGCCUUCUACGCAGGGGUCAUGUUGUCCAAUUUUUUCUUAGCCACUUCCUUUGCCCAUGCGAUCAAAGAAAAGGAUAAUCAUCAAAGAAAAUUAUUUUCUGUGAACGAAAGUUCGAUAAAACGAAAGAAUCAUUUCUGAGUUGAAUUAAAUUCAUUUAAAUAAAUCAAUACAUUCUUUUUACUGUUUGCAGACAUGAACGAGUGUGAGACGGGAAAGCAUCGCGGUGACUCGCGUGCUUUCUGUAACAACACUAAAGGCUUAUACAAUUGUACAUGCAAACCAGGAUAUUUUGGAAAUGGCUUUAACUGCACAGGUAACUAUCGUAGCAAUAACCCUGAUAGCAAAAACCUUAUUCUCAUAUGAAAAAACUUGGAAUGAACUCCCAGACAAUGUGGUUGGAGUAAUCAAUGAUGAAGGAUUCCACAGAGUCAUUUAAAUGCCGUGUUAAUCACCAUCCUCUAGCGUCCUGAUUUAUUUCUGUGUAUUCAUCAGGUUUUAUUAUACUGUGAUGGGGAAGGGGUUGCGAUCCAAGGAGGAGACGGACAAAACGUGGCUGGAGGUACAAGUCUCUCGGGCGAAAAAAGAUUGUCGGAAACUGCAUUACGAGCGUUUUCAAAAACCAUGGAUAUUUCUCAAAUUUGUUAACUUCAAAAUUGAUUUUUUGGCCAAGAGACUAACUACUAUAUGUUACUGUUUUUAAGAAGGACAAUGUCAAUGUCCCUAUUGAAAAAUGCAAAUUAGAAAGAAAGUCGUUAGUCAGUAUUAUUGACUAGGUUUGAUAUUUCAAUAGUGCAACAAGUUCAAGCCUUCUUGAAUGCUUCUUAUUAACAAACAGAUCAACGACUCCUUUCAGAUCAAGUCUGUUAGUUAGCCGGAUGUGCAUAUAACCAGCCAGAAAACAGCUGAUUUUUUAAUCUAACUUAUAGACAAAGGACUACAAUUUUUUUUUAUACUUUUAGAGGGCUAAAACACGUUUUGUGGAAAACGAGAUUUAGGCUUGUUGUCAACUGUUUCACAGUAUUUUAAAUUUUAUUACACAAUCAGUGAAUUAGCGAGGAAAGAACAAUACUAUAGAUUUUCACUUUGUUUUAUAUCGUUGAUAAACAAAGAAAAAGGACCUCUAUAAAGCCUGCAAGGAGAUAAGAAUAGGGUGAUACGAAUGGGUUGAUUCUUCAGGUCCAUACUUACUGUUUAAAGAAUAUUUUCUAUAUUCGACAACUAAUCUUUAGCUAGAUACGCAGUUUUUGUCACAGCUUUUUUGGGUUUUUCUUGGUGUUGCGAAACUAUAUCGUAGGUUGGCUCUAGCCUGAGUAUCAGGCCUUUGUCCUUAGUGGUGAGGGGAAAGGAGAUUUGAUAUUUCACACGAAUGAAUAGGAAUGAUAUCUGGGGAGGGGGAAGGCAAAAGGCAAUAAAGAAUCAUUAAAACGGUUACGCCACACUUGUCGAAAUUCAUUAUGUCAUGGCUAUUGUCACGUUAAUUUUUACGUAAUUUAAAAUAUUCUUCAUUAUUUUCAGAAUUUAUGAACUCGUCGAUUUUGAACAGCAGUGAUUGCUAUUUUCGUCAUUUGGGUAAUUUUCUGGAGAAUGCGGUUGGGGACAAUUCUCACUGGCUGCUGUGCUGGCGUGCUACAUUACAUGGCUGGAAUGUCAGUCAGUUUCACAGUCGCUGCGAUGGAAAAAACGACACUGUUACCAUCAUAAGGAAAGGCCAAUUCAUCUUUGGCGGAUAUACGGAUAUUCCUUGGGGUAAAAAAAUAAUAAUAAUUCCCUUAUUUUAUCAUCCUUUUUUACCGCAAUGUUACAGCUUUACAAUUCUGAUCUACUUACACUGUUUAUUGAGAAUUUAACCCUUCGUUUAUAAGGCUGAAACGUCACUCUGGGUCAGCUUUCAUCUUGUAAGGAGGGUGAGGUGUUUUAUUUGUCUUAAUGACUCUCUUCUGGGUCUUCACCCCCUUGAAACAUCAGGUCAUUGCUAAUAGCCCACGUUCGAUAAAUUCUAAAUUACCCCGAGGCUUUAGGGACAAAAUUGCAAAUUUUUCACGACUCCAUCCAGAGGAGACUUGAGCACAAAGAAUACUAAACAAAAUAUAGAGAAAUAUGAAAGCCUCAGACUCUUGUUAGAAUUUUGAUAUAUCGAACGUGGGCUAUUAUAUCAACAGUGGCGCUUCUAAUGGAGUACCCUCUUAUUUUUAAUCCAAACCGAAGUAAAAAAAAAACUAUUUUUUUUUUCUUGAGCUAGCCACGAUUAACUCAAGGUCUCGAUGAACCCCACGUACCUAUCCCCAGCAACGUUCGUUAAGGCUUCGAUCGGUCUGUGCUCACAAUAAGGUCUCCUUCAAGGAGAUUGAAGUCUAGCUCCCUUUCCUUGGCGCGUGAGUUGUGAAUGCGAUCUGACAGGCAUUGGAUUGCAAAAAAAAGCGGAUCGUGCCAAUUCAAAGGCAAAGAAGCUAAGUGUAGUGAUGCCGUAAAUGCAUCAAGCAGCUACUGAAUCCCGUUACAGUGUGUGUUAUGUGUCCUAAGAGAAUAUGCACAGCAAACCAUUUUUCAUACGGACAGUCAGUAAAGCCUGACCACGUGUCCUUGCUGUAUACAUUUCUGUAUUAGAGUGGUGAGGCAACAAGACAGUCGGUAAUAAAACGGGGUCCGCAUGUCCGUAUCAGUCCAUAUGUCCAGUGCCGAUCCAAUGGGAAGGUUCUAAUUUACACGUAAAACAGAAUCAGUUUAUUACUAUUCUGAGAAAUCUCUAUAGAGAGUAGAAAUCGUUAGGUCACGUUCACAUGGUAGCAAAAUUUCUGGAUGACAACAAUACGGAAAAUUCACUUAAAAAGUGUAUUCACACUGUUUCACACUUAAUCGAUCGUAUUCAUUUUCAUUUAAUUUGUCACAUUUUCUGGGGUUGAAUCCGAAGAGACCUUAUUUAAGUGUAGAAAAAGAAAAAGAAAAUUUUUGUGUUGUGUUUACCUACUCCUUAAAGCAGGCGUGUGAAAUUAGGAAGUUUCAUGUUGCGGUCGUUCAACAGCGACUGAGAAAUGUACAAAAAGCGUGAUAAUAUAAACUUAUUGCUUUUUAACUGUUCUCGUUGCUGUCGCCGUCGUCGUUGCUUAAACUCCCUAUUGUUGAGAUCCAGAAAUUUUGCUACCAUGGUAACGUGACGUCACACUUCUCCUCUCUAUUUAACAAUUAUUCCUCGAGCCCGAAUGGGCUCUGAGUCAAUAAACCCAGGACGCCUUCGGCCUCAUGGGCUAUUGACUCAGAGCCCAUUCGGGCUCGAGGAAUAAUUGUUUUAGUAAAAUCCAACUAGUUGGUCAAAAAUAUCGCGACAAAACAACUUUAGCUAGUUAAAGCUAGACUUUAAUCCUUUUUUGCCGCCAAAAAGCCCGACGCUUUUCGCUACUAGUGGGCUAUAACAUAUAGCCUAGUAGUAGCUCAACUAAUCAGAACGCAGCAUUGAUAACAGAGCACCAGUUGGAUUUUUACUAAUAGAUAAUAGUUUGUUAACCUCGGAAGUUAUCGCACCACUAAGAAAUUUAAUGGCCUUAAAAGUGCAAUGCUUGCUAAAACAACUUGAAGCCUUCAGUUUGUUGUUUUCCUGUUCAAUUGUUAGGGCUAUCGUCAAUUAACUUUACCUCAAUUGGAUUUACUCAAUAUAUUUUAUUCGUUUAAAUAGCUAGAAGGCAAAACCAAGUGAAUUCUGGUGGCUAUAGAAAAAUGACGCCAUUUUUGAUCGUGGAAAUGGGCUGUUAUAUUGUCUGACGAAAGAAAAAGAUACAUAUUGGUAAUAAAAUGAAUUCAAACUUUAAAUCCAUUUUUUUAUUGGUUUCUCAGAAUCCAGUGGCAACUGGAGCGCUACUUCCGAAGCGUUUAUUUUUUCGCUCAACAAUAAUGAAGGCUUGGCACCGUUUGUUAGCCAGGUGGAGAAAGGAUUCACAGAUUGGGCAAUUUACAGGAAUUCACAAUUUGGUCCAUAUUUUGGAAUUGACGUCAUAAUUAGAGAUAAUGCCGACAGUAACAGUUUGUCAGAAGCAGUCUUAGGCUAUUGCUACUCUGUUCCACCUGCAGUGCAGAAGAGGCACACAGUCCUGGCCGGGACUUGGCGCUUCUCACCUGAUGAGGUGGAGGUAUUUUAUCUUGACCCAUCCCGCUAA